GUAAUUUUAUUUCCUUAGUUAGCCAGAUGUCAUUGGCUUCGUGUUGAAUUUCCAUGAAUUAUAAAUGGAUGACACAUCAAUUUUAUUGAGGCGAUAGUUCCUUGUAUGAAAAGAUUACAUCACAAUUAGUAUUUGCGCUACGGAAAUGAAAACUGUUUACUACACUUCGCCCGACUUGUGAUUUAUUCAACAAAUCAGUAUUUCUUGAAUGAACUCUGAGGUGGUAAAGUUUAGACGAAAACCCUUUGAAAAGAUGCGUAUUAAGUUUGCACAGGGAAAUUGAAAGUAAAGCAUUUUAUCCGCGAAGCUAUUAAAAAGAAAUAAAAGACUCUCUCGAAGUCGCGACACUGUAAUAACGUUUUUUAGAUUCAUUUGGCCUUAUUUUACUACGAAUUAUCAGGGUGAGUUCUUUUCUUUCUAAAAUUAGAAAACUUAGUUGCCAUGAAUCAAAGAGUACACAGGACUCAUACAAGAUUUCGAACUAGAAAUAUAGAAGAAUUAAAAACGAUUUCGACAAAAAGAUCAAAAAGAAAACAUUAUACAAGUAGUCGCUCGGUUCAAAAUCAAGAAAGAAUUGGAAUUCAGUUAAGCAAUAUACAGUCAAAUAUUAUAACAGCAACAAAAGUAGAAAAUUAUAUUUUAUCAGAGAUCAACCCAUCAAAUUGUCUUUGUAAGGCUUAUAAUACGGUCAAACAAAAAGAGUUCGCAUGUCGCAUUGUGCAAAUUAAUAAAUUUCGAGAGUUUUCUUCUCCUUACUAUAUAGUCGGAUCGCACGAAAAUAUAAACACAAUUAAUGAAGUAGUCAUAAAUGAGCGUUACGCUUAUGUUAUGUUCGAAAAAUCAUUUGGUGAUCUCCAUUCGUAUAUAAGACUUAAAAAAAAACUCAAAGAGGAAGAAACGCAUCGUUUAUUUAAACAAAUAGCUAAUGUUGUUAAACAUUGCCACUCGAUCGGUCUCGCUUUAAGAGAUUUAAAACUUCGAAAGUUUGUUUUCAAAGAUAUUGAAAGGACACAACUUAUGUUGGAAACAUUAGAUGAUGCUCAUAUAAUUAUCAACAACUCCGAUAUACUAUUUGAUAAACAUGGCUGUCCAGCUUACGUAAGUCCAGAAAUACUCGAAUCUAGUAACGGUUACUCUUCGAAAGCUGCUGACAUCUGGAGCCUCGGAGUAAUGUUAUAUACCAUGCUCUGUGGAAGAUAUCCUUUUCACGAUCAAGAUCCCGUAGUCUUGUUCAAUAAAAUAAAACAUGGCGUUUACAUGAUAUGUGAACCAAUAUCUCCAAAAAGUCGAUGUCUUAUUCACUCGAUCUUAAGAAAAAACCCUUUAGAAAGACUUACUGCCGAGGAGCUUUUAGAACAUCCUUGGUUUGAAACUGGCACUGAAAAUAUUAGUCAGACUAGACUUGAUCGUAAAAAAAGCGAUCAGUUAGUACCGGAUAUAUCUGGAUUUUUAAGCUAGAUUGCAUGACGUCAUCAACGUUACUUUCUCACACCUAUUUUUAUUUGGCUUUUUUUUUGUUUGAUUUACAAACACAUAGUUGCGUUAUAAUUUUAAUAUUUUAUCUCGCGUUUUUUUUUCUUUCUCUCGCGUUUUUUUUUUUUUUUUUUUUUUUUUUCUAAAAAAAGUGCACUAAAAGUUUUAUCGUUUUUUUAGAUUUACUUAUCGUUUUUAUUUUCCCUCUUAUUACUAAUUUGCGCUUUAUAUAAAUUGCCACGUGUUUAUAGCUCAAUUAUUAAUGAGCUUCCUCGCUGUUUAAAAUAAAUCGAAGUUCGUGUCUCAUUGAAUAAUUCUGCUUUUAUAAUUAGUUGGGAACAAUGUUACGACAAAAAAGCUUUUUAAAUGAGGAAAUGUAAAGUGAAAUGAAUUUGACAAGCAUUUUUAUGUUAAAUAAAUGCUUCCUUCAGUUUGAAUGCCGUUUAAAUUAUUUAAAAAAGCGUUCAUUUUUUAAUAAAUGAUUAUUUAUAUUAAUAUUGUGAACUCUUUAUUUAUUUAUUUGUGUUGCAUUUUUUUUAUUUAAAGUUUGACUAAUUUUUUUCUUUUUUUUUGAGAUGUUAAAAAUUGACGUCAUGUUUUUUUUGUUGUGAAAUAUUUUUUGCAACAUCUUGUAAAUAAACACAAAAUAAUUUUUAUAAAUAUGAAUUAAUGAGAAACCUAAAGCUGAA